GCGCUGACGGGACGGGACGGGGCGGGGCGGGACGGGGCGGGGGGGGUGGCGCGGAGUCGCAGCCUGCGGAGGGGCCGGCGGGGGGCCGCUGCCACCGCCACCGCCGCGCCCAGGUGGCCGCUUGCGGCUGCGGGCCCCUUGGCGCGGUGCGGCCCCGCGCCUGCCCUUGCCGUGCCCGGCGCCGCCGCCCCGCCGCCGCCGCGGUGCGGUGCGGAGCGGAGCGGAGCGGUGCUGCGGGGCCUCGCCGCCCUGCUGAGCAGCGUCUCCGCGGCCUCCCGUGGCGGCAAGCGGGGCUCCGGCCUGGGCCUGGGCCUGGGCCGGAAACCCGUGUCGCUCGGGCUUCCCCGUGGCCCUGGUGCACGGUCGUGGCUCCGCGCCGAGGCGCUGGGGAUUAUCAGUCAUGGCAAGAAGGGUCUUGAAACUUGCCUCGUUGGCAGCAGCCACCACGGGUGUCUACCUGUAUGGCAACAAGUUCCUGGAUCCCAAUGAUUUUGGGGUUGUUCGUGUGGGCCGGGCCAUUGCCACAACAGCAGUUAUUACCUACGACUACCUCACCUCGCUUCGGAGUGUCCCAUAUGGAUCGGAGGAAUAUGACUUCCUCAAGUCACAGGUACACCUGCGCUCUGCUGAGCGCCUCCGGGAGCUGUGCUGCGCUAACCGAGGCACCUUCAUCAAGGUGGGGCAGCACCUGGGAGCGCUCGACUACCUGCUGCCUGAGGAGUACACCCGCACCCUCAAAGUGCUGCAUAGCCAAGCCCCACAGAGCACCAGGCAGGAGAUUGAGCAAGUCAUCCGUGAGGAUCUGGGCAAAGAGAUCAAAGAGCUCUUUGCGAGUUUUGAGGACGCUCCCUUGGGAGCAGCAUCACUAGCCCAGGUCCACAAGGCAGUGCUGCAGGAUGGAAGGACAGUGGCAGUGAAAGUCCAGCACCCAAAGGUCCAAGCUCAGAGCUCCAAGGAUAUUUUGCUGAUGGAGGUUCUCCUCUUGGUUGUGAAGCAGAUCUUUCCAGAUUUUGAGUUCAUGUGGCUGGUGGAAGAAGCUAAGAAGAAUCUGCCUCUGGAGUUGGAUUUCCUCAAUGAGGGCAGAAAUGCUGAGAAGGUAGCUCAUAUGCUCAAGAACUUUGAUUUCCUAAAGGUCCCCAGGAUCUACUGGGAGCUCUCGACAAGGCGUGUACUCCUCAUGGAGUUUAUGGAAGGGGGACAGGUGAACGACAGGGCCUACAUGAAAAGGAAUGGCAUCAAUGUCAAUGAGGCCUCCACUGCAGAAAAAGGUUCAGCCCUUUCAGAUCACUGCCCUUGUCAACCCUCCAGGAAAACUGCAUCACCAGGGGCAUCCCAAGGCUGCGCACUGGGGAAGAAGGUCUCUCGCAAUCUGGGGAAGCUCUACAGCGAAAUGAUCUUUGUGAAUGGCUUUGUCCACUGUGACCCACACCCAGGCAAUGUGCUGGUGAAGAAAUGCCCAGCCUCUGGCAAGGCCCAUAUUAUCCUCCUGGACCAUGGCCUCUACCAGGUGCUGAGCGAGUCAUUCCGCAUGGACUACUGUCACCUUUGGCAGGCCCUCAUCAAGGCUGACAUGAAGAGGGUGCAGAAGUACAGCCGGCGGCUUGGGGCAGGGGAUUUGUACCCUCUCUUUGCCUGCAUGCUCACCGCCAGGUCCUGGGAGUCUGUCAACAGAGGCAUUGACCGGUCGCCAGUCUCAGCCAGUGAGGACAUCGAAAUCCGGUCCAAUGCUGCUGCUUACCUACCCCAAAUCACCCAGCUCCUCAACAACGUCCCCCGCCAGAUGCUGCUGCUGCUGAAGACCAAUGACCUGUUACGGGGGAUCGAGUCAGCCCUGCAAACGCGGGCCAGUGCCAGCUCCUUCCUCAACAUGUCUCGCUGCUGCAUCAGAGCUGUCUCCACGUAUCAGAGGAGCAAGAGUCACUCGCUUUACAGGAGGGCCCAGAUCUCACUCACAGAAGCCCUGAGCCUGUGGCAGAUCAACUUGUAUGAACUCUUCCUGUGGCUGAAGGGGUCCCGGCUGGGAAACUGGGUCAUUGCUCUCCUUAGCCGGAUGCACCAUUGCACACACUGACGUGAACUGGUGGGAGAGGCCUGGGUGCUCGCUCUCUCCUGCUCUCCAUGGCACAUUUGCCUUUCUGACUGUUUAUGUCUAUUGCAGAGGCUAUUUUGGAGUCUUGUUCCUUGUUACAUGCUGCACUGUCCCUGCCUGUUAUAGCUUUCUCUGUGGCAGCGAGGGAUGGAGCUGGGUGCCAGGGCUCUGUGAUUUUAUGCUUUAGGAAAGGGAAGGGGGGGAUACGGUGUGCUGGGAAGGGCAGGAUAUUCGAGGGUCUCUCUGUUUCCCAUCUCUACAGGACCCUAGUGGCAAAUUCCAGUGGGACUGCACAGGAAACAAAAACCUUUCCAGAGGUUUUUUUUGAAUCAUCCUACAGAAUUUUAGAGAAUCACAGGCCCGCCUAGAAUGCCCCCAAAUAUUUCACAGCCCCUCAGAGAGAGGCAGUAAGUCCUUUUAAAAUCCGAUAGGGUUUGUAUUAGUAAUUGCAGAGUCUCCUUAGUCUGAUUUCUGUUCAGGUGUACAGAGAGUUUCUCAAAAAGGAAUAUGAUCUAGCAUAGAGCUGGCACUAUUGGAUUCACUCACAGUGCUGGGGUGAAGAGGAACCUAAUGGUGUGAGCAGUGGACUGGGAGCCUGGCUUUCUGAGGUUCGUCUCCAGUCCUGUCAGCAAGUGCCUCUGUGGUUUUGGACUUUUCCUGGCCUGUUUCCUCACAAGUGAAAUGGGGGAAAGGACAGUGGUCCUGCCUCUUACCCAAAAUUCAGGGAAGGCAGGAGGAAUGCCAGCUUAGUGCUCUGAAACUGCUGGUAAUGUCUGUGUACUGUACAGUGGUGCCACACAGCAAAAUAAAUGUGUUGCAUCAAAGACCUACAGGGGAGGGAUGCCCAGCUGUGCACUCAGGGUGACAUUUUGGCCUCUAACCUCAGUCCUGUUUCAGUUUCUCCACUGAGUGAGUGAUGUCAGGCAGUGCUGUUAACUCUUUACAAGCCAAAUGAAAUGCCACAUCAGUCCUUCCGCUGCCCAAGAGGUUUGUUCCACAUCCGGGUCCUCUGGUGCUGUGUCAGACAUGUGUUGGGAUAUGGUGAUGGAGCUGGUGUUGUUUUGCUGGAGUGAUGCACCACUCCUUGCCACCCAGAUCCAUGCUGAGCCUGCCUCCUGCCUGCCUGCAGGAGCAUGCUGCAGCCCAUCCGCGAGACGUCACUGUCCCCAUGCUGUGCACUGAGCAUUUUGUCUCAUCACUGCCUGUGACAUUUCACUGCUUCUGCUUCAGAUGAAAACCUGCCACUGGCUCAGUGGUGCAAGCGACAGGUCUGAUGGCUUUGACUCUGCAGCUGCAGGAUGGGUGCCAGAAAGUCUUGUCCAGAGGCCUCCCUUUUGCCAAGCAUACCUUGGAUCUUGGGAGAUGUCCCAGCUCCUUGUGAGGAUUCCUGUAGCCAGCAAGGGUGAAUGGAGGUGACUGCUUGGGUCAUUUCAGCCUUUCUCAAAAACUGUAUUGGUGAAUGAGGAGUCCCAUGCUGGGCACGGAGGAUGGGAUGGGAACUUGCCUUUGCUGUCAGCAAGCUUGUUAAGGUGAGGGUCAUUAAUAAGCCACCAGGCAGUGCCUCAGUGCAAGCCAUGAGAAUGCAUUUUCCCAGUUUGCAUUUUCCCAGUUUGCACAGGUGUGAGAACCCACCUCGCUGUGUGUCCAUUUGCGUGGGAAGGGAGGCAGGGCAUAGAAGUGUGGGUGAGUGCAUGUGUCAGUCCUUCGUGAUGAGCUAAUUCUCUUGCUGGCUGCGUGGGAGAGAGAAGGGAUGUAAUCCAGAAAAGAUACCUGACUCUGCCUGUGUGCUUGGGCAUGAAUGAGUCAGUAUUUGCAAAAGUGUCCUUGCUUGUGGCAGUGAUUGUGUGUGUGUGUGCUGUGCAUGUGUGCACACAGCCCUGUGGCUUAGGACUGCCCAGAAGGGGUGUCUGAUUGGUGGAGUUGUCAGUGGAGAAUUACUGAACAUGAGUUUUUGGUCUCCUGCGCAGACCAACUCCCUGACAUCAGCAUUAGCUUUCUGAGCCCUUUCUGUGGUGGGGGCAGAACCUGAAGCAACACACUCUCCUGUCUUUGUUAAGAGCAAGAAAAGGUGGCCAGGUAAGACCAAAUGUCCUGGCAAAGCCUGUCCCCAGCCUAUGCAAUGGCAGGUCGAGAUUAUCCCUACUUCUAGGCUGUGUGACACCAUCUGGGAAUGGAGUGGGGGUAAUUGCAGUGGUGAGACUCUAAGUCAACAAGGAAUCAUAGGAGCCCUCGGGUAUUGGUCCUGCAGCCUGUACAUGAAUAAUCUUUGCUCAAAUGAGCAAUCUCACUGAAUCAGUGCCUUGCUUAGGCAAUUAUAGCCUGUAGGCUAGCCACCGUGGGUGGACCUGUCUCAUUCUCUUCACAAAUAGAGAGCUCUGCUUGCAAUGUGGCUAGGUGCAUACAAUGAAGUCCAGGAGACCCUCUAGCAGUGGUCACGGACUGCAUGGCCCCUUGUAGCUGCCCCUGCAGAUGCCUUUGCAGUUUCCUGCGGACACAUCUGGACAGACUGACUGGAGUGCUGUCUGGGUCUCACAAACAUCUGUGUGUGAAAGCUCAUAUUUCAAUAAGACCCUCAUCAUACCCUUGAUUUCCAGAGGAUCCUGUGUGGUGGAGAGGCUUCCCGAAGCUGAUGUUUGCAUUAACCACUGAUUUUAGAGUUUACGGCCUCAGUUGAGCCUGUGCUUUCACACCACCUAAAUCCAGCCACACAAUUACUAAUCAUGCUGCCUGAGGAAGAUGCUAGCUCUAAACAUGGAAGGAAACUAACUAGCAGCCCCUCCGACUGUCAUUUUUGGCAGCGUGCAGCAGAUAGAGAGCAGCGCGUGUUUGAAAGAGCUUUGUCUAUUGGCAUUAGACUCUGCCAGAUGACUGCCUGCUUCAGUAUUACCAGUGGGACUCCUCAGACAGUUUUGCUCAGCCCUCACCCUUCCCCUAGCCAAUUGAUGAGGGUUUGCCUGAGGAAAGAACAUGCAAACACCCGGAGUUUGACCCUUUAACAUUCCUGGCUUGACUUUUUGCCGAAAGCUCUCAAAGGUGAAUGUGUUGAAAGGGUUUUGAAAAGACACCUCCUCAUCCCAAUUUGUGGUUGUCAAACAUGGGUAACCUGGA